AUGCUCUCUAUCAACGUGGAAGCGCUGGAGUUGAAUGCUGCCCGAAACCGCCCUUGCGGCUACAUCUUCCUAGACUUUGAGGACUCGGAGGAUGUUGUGCGCCUUCGUAAAAACCUGCAGCUGCUGGACAACUUGCUUUGGCCCCCCCUUCAAGAUCGAAAGAUGCAGGUAAAAUUUUGCCCGCAUUCAAGGAAGGAGGGCUCUCCUUCAUCACUUCUGUGGGUCGGAGCUGAUGUUCGAAGCCGAUGCCAAUCGCGGGCCGCCUCGCAAUGGAAAGUCCAGCAGUGGCAACUGCAUGGUCAACCCCAUCGACUUGAGGCAAUAGCUAUUGCCUGGCUUGCAGCACGCUGCUGCGAGACAGCAUCGCUCCGAUCGAGAUCGGGCGACUUUGAAACCAGACACUAG